UAACUAUUUGUAAAAAUGGCCACGAGUCUUCAAGAGCAUAUUCAAUGCCAGGAAACGUCAACGGAAAUUAACGAAAAUGAAUGUCAUUGGAAGAAAGAACCAAUCUUCUGUGAACCAUGCCAGUAUGAUGAUUCAUUUGUAGAAGCAACGGGAUUUUGUGUGACAUGUUCCGAGUAUUUGUGUCAGACCUGUUGUCGCGAUCACAAAAGAAACAAAGUUACAAGAGAACACUUGCUGUUAAAGAAUGAUGAUAUUCCUGCUGACACAUCGCCGUUUACGACCAUUAAGCAACUAUCGACAUGCGAAAUUCAUCCUGAUAAUGACAUCGCAUACGAAUGCAAAGACCACGAAUCUUUGGGUUGUGUUUUCUGUCUCACGGAGAGUCAUAGGAAAUGCGAAAAUGUAAGUGAUUUAGGGGUUGUCGAUUCUGCCGAUUUAUAUCUUAACAUUAUAGCAGAACUUCAAGAUAGAAUAAAGGCGUUAAAAGCACAAAAGGAAGAGCAACGUAAGGCAGUUGCAAUGAAGCAAGAGGAGAUUAAAACCAGCAUUCAAAGCCUGGAAGCCAAAUGGAAGGACCAUAUAACCGGCUUGAGAGAUGACCUUGAGACACAAUUAGACAAAAUGUCGCUCUCCGAGACAAUGCAAUUAGCAGAAUCUAUUGACGGCUGUCAAAAAAUCGAGACUGAAAUAAAAAGAAAUAAGACGUUGAUAGAAACACUUUUGAAACACGGAACCAAGCGACAAAUAGCUGUUGUUCUGCGACGAACAGACCUUACACGCGUUGCUCUUAAAGAGAAACUGCAAACACUGGAAUGUCAGCUUCAACGAAGUAUCGCGCUCAUGAAUGUAAAACAAUUUGAUGACUUCACAACGAUCGCAGAAGUUUCUUUAGAGGAGAAGGACAAUGAUAACAUUAACAACUUGGAACACACAAGCGAUGAAUUGCAUGACGAUCUAGAUUCGGAAAACAAACUUAUAGAGAAAAUGGAUAAAUCCAUACAGACCCUCUUUUCUGUCUUGACAUCUGAUGAAAAACAAAGGCCAUCCAAGCCAUUCUUAGAAAGAGAAAGUGGACAAAUGAUCACGCUUGUCAAAAUUAAAACAGCAACAGACACGAAAAAUUGCAGUAUUGUUGGAGUUAAUCUGUCUCGAUAUGGAAUUCUGCUGACUGAUUUUGGCAACCGUAAGCUUAAACUCUUCAGCCGUAAAUUCGACCUCAUUUGCGAACAAUCGCUUCAAGGACAGCCGGUUGAUAUGAGUUUCGAUGGGGAGUAUGCAUAUGUGUGCUAUUCAGACCUGAAGAAAGUCACCAAACAUCUCAUACACAAUUCAACGAUAGGGGUUCCAAUAGGAUUUCCAACUCGGCUCCAGCCAAUAAGUCUGACUGUGUUUGACUCUCGACUGAUGAUUUUGUUUGCGACCAAAGAGAGUUUUGACAGUACGGCAGCUGAUGAUGUACAUAUUGAAAUCCGACGAGGAAAUACAAUAGCUGCUACCAUCUCAUAUAAUACCGAUGAUAAAAAAAUUAAGUAUGUGAAAAACGCAAAGCAAGUUUCUGUAGUCGAUGGCUUGUCAAUUGUUUUCUCAGAAAAUACACGAGUAACCUGCUAUACGGUUGAUUCUCAAGAAAGUAAACUUCAAAAUCGUGAAUGGUUUUACAAAUCGAAUAAAGAAAACGUUCUCAAAAAAGCGAAAGGAUUCGCAAAAGACAGUGAAGGAAAUAUAUAUAUUUGCGGUGAAGAUUCCAACAACGUUCAUCAAAUAUCUACAAAAUGCAAAGUUAACCGUGUGGUUGUCCAUAAUAUCAAUCGCCCCAUGUGUGUCGCUGUGGACGAACAGAAAGAUAGACUCAUCAUCGGGUGUCGCGAUGUUAACUACCUGCAUGUUUACUCCUUCAAAUAGAUAACCUGGCGAAUCACUGCGUCAUACAAUUUGAACUCAUUGUUUGCAAGAUCUUACAUUUUUUGCUCUGGUUACGCUAUUUUGUGGUAUUCGUCAACUUUUCAUCGAUGUUAUAUAUAUGCACAGGGAUUUCAUCCUGCAUUUUGUACAUAAA